GAGGAACUGAUUCCUAAAAGGUCUCCUGACUUUGAUAUACUGAUGUGGUGGAAACUGAAUGGCCUUAAGUACCCCACUUUGCAAGCAAUUGCAAGGGAUUUCUUGGCCAUACCAAUUACAUCAGUGGCUUCUGAAUCUGCUUUUAGCUCUGGUGGGAGGUUAAUAGACCCUCAUCGGAGUAGAUUGCACUAUGAUACAAUAGAGGCAAUGAUGUGUACCAGAAGUUGGAUUAUGGAGGAAAUGCAACAAGAAUCAUCGAAGGCUGCUGUAGAGGCAAUGGAAGGGGUGUUCUCUGCUCUAGCAAUUUCAGAUUCCAGUACUGAAGAUCAAGACGAAGCUGUUCAGGGGGGACUUGUGAUGAGGAAGCAUCUAAUAUCCCUAGACGACUGAUUUGUUCAAUGCAAUGAAAGGUUCAAGUGAUUGCUUUUCAUUUUUCAAGGAUGAAUGCUGCUGUUGAGUGUUGAGUUGGUUUCCAGC